AUGUCCCGGAGACCCCGGCACAGUAUAUAUAGUAGUGAUGAUGAUGAAGAAGAUGUUGAGGUGUAUGAUCAUGACUAUGAUGGUCUGCUUCCCAAGACUGGAAAACGCCACUUAGGAAAAACCAGGUGGACCCGCGAAGAGGAUGAGAAGCUGAAGAAGCUUGUGGAGCAGAAUGGCACAGAAGACUGGAAAGUCAUUGCAAAUUUCCUUCCUAAUCGGACAGAUGUUCAGUGCCAGCACCGAUGGCAGAAGGUACUAAACCCAGAACUUAUCAAAGGUCCUUGGACUAAAGAGGAGGAUCAAAGGGUAAUAGAGCUCGUGCAGAAAUACGGUCCAAAGCGCUGGUCUGUCAUUGCUAAGCAUUUGAAGGGAAGGAUUGGAAAACAGUGCAGGGAGAGGUGGCAUAACCAUUUGAAUCCAGAAGUGAAGAAAACCUCCUGGACAGAAGAGGAAGAUAGAAUUAUUUACCAGGCACACAAGAGGCUGGGAAACAGAUGGGCAGAGAUUGCAAAGUUGCUGCCUGGACGAACUGAUAAUGCUAUCAAGAACCACUGGAACUCCACCAUGCGCCGCAAGGUCGAGCAGGAGGGCUACCUGCAGGAGUCCUCCAAAGCCUGCCACUCCUCAGCAGCUGCUGGCUUUCAGAAGAACAACCACCUGAUGGCCUUUGCCCACAACCCGUCGCCACCCGCCCAGCUGCCGGUGGCCAGCCAGCCCCCGCUGGGCAGCGACUACCCCUACUACCACAUCCCCGAGCCUCAGAACGUUCCUGGUCAGAUCCCGUAUCCAGUAGCACUGCAUGUAAAUAUUGUCAAUGUACCUCAGCCAGCUGCUGCAGCUAUCCAGAGACACUAUAAUGAUGAAGACCCUGAGAAAGAAAAGCGAAUAAAGGAAUUAGAGUUGCUACUAAUGUCGACUGAGAAUGAACUGAAAGGGCAGCAGGCAUUACCAACACAGAACCACACAUCAAACUACCCCGGCUGGCACAGCACCACAAUUGCUGACAGUACCAGGACCAGUGGUGACAGUGCACCUGUUUCCUGUUUGGGGGAGCAUCACCACUGUACUCCAUCUCCACCGGUGGAUCACGGUUGCUUACCUGAGGAAAGUGCAUCCCCUGCCCGGUGCAUGAUUGUUCACCAGAGCAACAUCCUGGACAAUGUUAAGAAUCUCUUAGAAUUUGCUGAAACACUCCAGUUAAUAGACUCCGAUCCUUCAUCAUGGGGUGAUCUCAGCACUUUUGAAUUCUUUGAAGACACAGACACUCCGGCUAGCAGAGCUCCCUCAGGCAAAGCCGCGCAGCUUCAGCAGAGAGGGGCCAGUGCUUGCAGACCGCAAGGACAGCCCACCACAAAUUUGAGCAAAGUCAUGUCGAGUCAGGGUUCUCCUGGCUCACCAAAGACCUUAUCUGCCUCACAGGGCAGUGCGGCUCCGUGGCUCCUUCUUCGCAAAAGGAGAGGGCACUGCGGCCCCUCAGCCAGUGGCCACGGUAGCACCUUGGUCCGAGCUGACGCCAGCAGCUCAACUCCUCCUAAGCGCUCCCCUGUCAAAAGCCUGCCCUUCUCUCCCUCGCAGUUCUUAAACACCUCAUCCACUCACGAAAACUUGAACCUGGAGAACCCUGCACUUACCUCCACGCCGGUGUGUGGCCAUAAGAUGACAGUUUCCUCCCCGUUCCACAGGGACCAGGCUUUCAAAGCUCAGAAGGAAAACCAUGUUUUCAGGACUCCAGCAAUCAAGAGGUCGAUAUUAGAAAGCUCUCCAAGAACACCCACUCCAUUCAAAAACGCACUUGCAGCUCAGGAAAUCAAAUACGGUCCUUUGAAGAUGCUGCCUCAAACUCCAACUCAUCUUGUAGAAGAUCUGCAGGAUGUUAUCAAGCAGGAGUCGGAGGAAUCUGCAAUAGUGGCUGGGCUACAUGAAAGUGGACCCCCUUUGCUGAAGAAAAUCAAACAAGAGGUGGAGUCUCCAACAGAUAAAGCUGGAAAUUUUUUUUGCUCAAAUCACUGGGAAGGAGAAAACCUGAACACUCAGCUCUUUACACCUGGGUCUGCUAUGGAAGAUGUGCCAAAUCUUCUUACCAGUUCCAUUUUAAAGAUGCCUGUGUCUGAAGAUGAUGACAGUUUUCACAAAACAGUUGCAGUGCCUAGAAACAGGCCACUAGCUAGUCCUCUACAGCAUCUGAACAGCACCUGGGAGCCGGUGUCCUGCGGGAAGAUCGAGGAUCAGAUGGCUCUGCCAGAUCAGGCGCGCAAAUACAUGGCCACCUUCCCCACCCGGACUCUGGUGAUGUGAAAGGGUCGGCGCACAGAGAAGCAUUAUGGUUCUGAGAACACUUCACCUCCACUGGGAAAUUCCUGUUCCUCUGCAUGAGAACUUUUCAUGAAUGGGAGAAGAGCCUAUCUUUGUUGUGGUACAACAGUUGGGAGCAGCACAAAGUGCAUUUAGUCACUCAGCAUAUAUAUUCUUGUUGGAUUUCACCCAACUUAAAGAGUUUGUGUUUUUUUAAUGAUACUUGCCUAAAUUAUUAGGUAUUGAGUUUGAAUCGGUAAUUAAUGAUCUUAAGUGCAGUCUUAUAAUAAAGAUAAUUUUUCUUGUACUUUUUGAGAUCAAACAGACUUAAUACACCAGUAUUGUUAUUUCAGUGAUGUGCUAGUCAGGGGUGGGGUUUAGUUUGUUUCUUUUUUAUUUUUUAUUUUUAUUUUGUAAUAAUAAAAGAGCAGGUACUCACACAGAUAUAUUUUAAAUCACUGAACAAAAUGAAUUGGUGUAAAAUACCGAAGUGAAAAGCAUUACUACAAACGCUUGUCUGUGCAAAAGGGGAAAGCUGAUCAAGAUCGUGAAUGCUCAAACAUCCAUGCCUCUUGAAAUACUCCUUUCUGUUUUGGUUCUAGGCCAUUAUACAUUGUGUGUUU